AUGGGGGCUUUGAUUUGGCAUGUUUGGGGAAGGCUGUUGGGCUUGACUGCGGGAGUCUAUAUCGUCUGGGCUUCCUUCUGGGCAUUCUUAUUCCGAAAAUUCUUCUGGGAUAUGAUUGGUGGCACGUUGGGUCCUGCUGGUAUCAUUCCGGGCAAGAAUACCGAGCCCCUGGUCAACCUCGUGGUCAACAUUCCUCUUCUUCAAUCAUUCUCGCUCGUCUUGGGCAUCUUUGCUUUAGUUCUGGAGUAUCCGCUGCCCUUCAUCGAGGGCACAGCAAUCCACCGAUCAUUCAUCCUCCGCGCCGUACUCUACUUUCUCACCGGAUUUGUAGGCAUCAUGAUCUACCAGUGUGUGGAUCCAGCAGUGUAUUUUGUAAUAGUCUCGGGCGUAUACGUGAUGGCCAUGUCCAAGGGUGAGCAGAUCGGCUCCGGGCCUUGCGGUGAUGAUAGAGGCAAAGUAUGA